AGGCAUCAAUGCUACUACCUAUUCCUACUCAUCAACAUAAUUGUAAUGAAUCAAAUAAGGCAGUCUUGCACCGCGGGACGAACUGUAAACGUCCGCACCUUUUUUGAAGCGACCCAGUGAACGGCAGAAACUCCACAGCACCAGCACACAAGCGCAGCGCAAUACCUCUAACAUCAAUUCUACUCCGGUAGAAAUUUCAUUUGAAACAGUUAACUAAAACUCAAAAUAGCGGUCGAGUGUUUAUCUAUUUCAGCGAUUUCUAUCGAGUCAUACGAACAGGUGUUCUUUGAAACGGACGUUCUAGUUUUCGUGGCCGCUUUAAAGCCUAAUUCUCUCGUUGAUGAUGACGGAAACUGUGGUGAAUGUUGAGCAAGUACCCGCGAACAACAAUGCGAAUAAAAAUACGACGCAGGGUGGCCCUCAACCUUCGCGGUUCGGAUGGAUACAGAUGAACUUGGAGUACUUCAAAACCACCCCAGGAAUGUUGAAAAUUGCCGAAUUUAUCAUUGGAAUCUUGUGCAUGUCCUUUGCAACACCCCCUCAAACAGGAACAGGAUUUUUCCUUCUUGUGGUCACAAUAUCUUUCGUCCUCACACUGAUAUGGAUAUUCGUUUACUUCUUAGGAGUAAGGGAAGCAACAAAUUUUCCUAUCAACUGGAUUCUAACAGAAUUUCUGAACACGGGAGUAGUCACCUUUUUAUAUUUCCUGGGUUUUAUAGUGCAGCUUAUCACCUGGUCCUCUAGGUAUCAUUACAAAGGAGUCAAUAUUACAGCAGGCAUAUUCGGAAUGAUAAACACAGGCGUCUAUGCUUUCGCGUCUUAUCUGUUGUAUUUGGAAUGGAAAAACAGAAACUGAAGGUUGUUCCAGCUCCAAAGAACAAAAUUUCUGUAAAUAUAUGUGGACCAACGACUGAUUUCUAAGUUGUUCGUAGGAAUAUGUUUGAAGCAACCUAAACGACAAUCAGAAUCAACAUCACUAGAGCGAAAGUAUUCAAUCAAUAAAUUAAGUUUGUAAUUUGUAAGAUUUUUAACCUGUUCUCGUUUUAUUUUGUCGUUUUUUUAGUGUUUCCAUUUCGAUUUCAAUUUCUUAGGAAGUAGGAGAUUUUGUCUCAAAUAUUUCAUUUUCCAGAAGUGCACUUAUUAUUAUCUCUUAUUGUGUGGCCCCAUUUCUACUUCUUUUUCUUUAUUUAUAAUUGUUACAUAUAUUUAUAAUUAACUGCUAUUGGCAUUUAUAUGUUAAAUUUAAGACUUAAUUCUAUUUUUCCAAUAUUUUGUUUGUAAAUAACUAGUUUAAGAUUUUUCUAACUGUAUCUUCAUUAAAUUACGAUUAUAUUUCAAGAAAAACAA